CAAAGAUCAAUUUGUGAACCACAUUCUUAAAUGCAAGAUAAACAUAAAGUAACAAUUUAAUUAAACUAUAGAGAGAGUGGUAAAAAAGUGAUUCUGGGCACAGGGAAUAUUGACCUUUUGACCUUAUGAAAUGAAAAGCGCUGUGUCUUUGUACAUUUUGACCAUCGUACUGGCCGUCAACGAAGUGUUCCUGCAGACAAUAGGCCACGAAGCACCCAUGGAGCCUAUAUUUGAUCAUGGCGAUAUUGAAGAACUCCCGGAGUUGAAAUCCUACACCAUGUUGGAUCCUAGCCUGGAAGAAACAAAGUCUGACGCGGCUACUGCCGGCAACCAAUCAUAUCCUUGUACGGUGACCGUGGACAAGGGUGAGAUAAAAGUCGAUUGCCGGUAUCAAUCUAUAAAUAAAAUCGAUUUUCUUCUGUUCCAAGAAAACGCCACAACGGUUCUUUUAGAUGUGAACCUUUUGAAGACGAUCCCGAACAAUGUGUUCAUGAACUUAACAAAGCUCAGGUAUCUCAGCUUAUCGUUCAACAUCCUAGAAGACAUUGAGCCGGACGCCUUUGUUGGGUUGGAAAGCUUGGAGUUUUUAAACCUGGAAAACAACAACUUAAAAUAUAACAGCCUGCCAAGCAAUGUGUUUUGUGUCAUGCAGAAUCUGCGUCAACUUUUGUUAAUGAACAAUGCCAAUGACGAGAGACACGAUAGCUACCCCAAAAAAUUACUUGGUUGCCUUAAAGAUCUAAAACUUCUAACAAUAAACACUGCUGGAAUGGAAAUUUAUUUCCCACCAGAUUUUAGAAUCCUGACCAGUCUGGAAAGUUUACAAAUCACAGGGGAAGCUAGUUAUAUAACCAAUCAAAGUUUUGAGACAGUGGGGCAGGUGACUUCACUGAGUAUUACACAAAUGGAUAACAUGGUGAACAUCUCAAACGGAAUUCUACAGCCGUUCAAAAAACUUCAAUUUUUAGACUUUUGCAACUUUCGAAUCGGCACACAAAAAAUGCUUCGUCUCCUGGCUCCACUAAAUAAUUCUGUGAUGGAUGAAUUAGUUUUUACCGGACUUUCAGUUAAACAAUUUGAUAAUGUGUACGACUUUUAUCACCACACUGGAAUAUUAAACGCCAAUAACACACGAUACUUGACAAGUAUUUGCGUUAGUCGAGUCAUUCUGCGACAAAAUCAAAUUUUUCUCAUAACAACAGACGCUUUAUGGAGUGAAACGUGGGAAAGAUGUUUAAAAACUUUUGACAUUUCAUUAAAUCCUAUUUUUGGUUUAAGAUUUGCAUUAUUGCGGUUUUGUAAGUUAUCAAAUUUGAAAGAGUUGGUUAUGUCACAUAUUCUAAGCAAAGAUCAAAUUGAAGGAGACCCUGAAGAAAUUCCUAUCAAUCAAAGAGAAAAAAUUUUACAACAAACGAAAUUCGGUGCUUUAGACAACUAUAGGAGCCAAACAAAUCGUCCCAAAACAAAUCGUUCAGGAUUAAAAUUCCCUCAAUAUACAGUUUACGUUUCGAGCUCACUUCGUCGUGUAAUAUUCACAGAUGUUAUCUCAGCUGCCUAUAUGGAUCAGAUUAUUUACUUCAAAGGUGCUGAACGAGUUAUCGAACUCGACAUUUCAAAAAACAAUUUCCAAUAUUUUACAGGACAAUUAUAUGGACUUGAUGGGUUAAAAAUAUUAAACCUUUCAAAUACAGAUCUCCGUGUUUUAUCUGCAUCAUUUUUUGAUACAUUUCCUAAAUUAGAAAAUCUUUCAAUGGCAAAUGUUUUGAUAUCCCCAUGGUUAAUUUCAAACUAUGGCCAAAGACUUUUCCAGAAAGUGACAAAUCUCCAGUUUUUAGAUUUAUCUUCAAAUUCGCUUUCAUUACUUGAAGAGAAAAUGUUUUCUAAUAAUUUGAACUUAACACACCUAAUCCUGGCAAACAAUCGAUUUAAGGAUAUUCCAUUUGAUCUUAAAUUAACUCCAAACCUUCAAGUUUUGGAUCUACGUGAUAACGCCAUCUCUUUACUUGAUCAAACGGCUACCGAUAAGCUAGACGGACUGGUUAAACGUCAAGAUUAUCCUAUUGGUGUGUUCAUCGGAUAUACAAGUACAGAUUAUCAGUUUGCUUGCAAAAGUCUUAGGUCAUUUGUUGAAGACCAGCUUGGCUACACAGCACACAUUCGUGACCGUGACCUUCCAGGUGGCGCCACCAUGGCCCAAGGUAUCGUUGAGGCCAUCAACUCCAGCUGGCGGGCCAUCCUCGUCUGCAGCGAACCAUUCCUCCAUGACGAUGAUUGGGCCAUGUUCACAAUGAAAGCUGCGGUGUACUCCGUGACCCCUGACAACCCAGAGAGCUGUAAAAAAGAAGUGAUUUUGGACACAAUGAAAAGCGCUGUGUCUUUGUAUAGCUUGACCAUCAUGCUGACCGUCAACGACGUAUUCCUGCAGGCAAUAGGCCAUGAUAAGGCGAUUUAUGCAGCACCUGACACGAUGGAGACUAAAGUUGAUGAUGGCGCUAUUAAACAGCCCCCAGAGUUGAAAUCCUACAAGUUGGAUCCUAGCCUGGAAGAAACAAAAUUUGACGCAGCUACUGCUGGCAACCAAUCAUCUCCCUGCACGGUGACCGUAGAAAAGAGUGAGAUAAAAGUCGAUUGCCGGUAUCAAUCUAUAAAUAAAAUCGAUUCUCUUCUGUUCCAAGAAAACGCCACAACGGUACUUCUAGAUGUGAACCUUUUGAAGACGAUCCCGAACAAUGUGUUCACGAACUUAACAAAGCUCAGGUAUCUCAGCUUAUCGUUCAACAUCCUAGAAGACAUUGAGCCGGACGCCUUUGUUGGGUUGGAAAGCUUGGAGUUUUUAAACCUGGAAAACAACAACUUAAAAUAUAACAGCCUGCCAAGCAAUGUGUUUUGUGUCAUGCAGAAUCUGCGUCAACUUUUGUUAAUGAACAAUGCCAAUGACGAGAGACACGAUAGCUACCCCAAAAAAUUUCUUGGUUGCCUUAAAGAUCUAAAACUUCUAACAAUAAACACUGCUGGAUGGGAAAUUUAUUUCCCACUAGAUUUUAGAAAUCUGACCAGUCUGGAAAGUUUACAAAUCACAGGAGAAGCUAGUUUUAUAACCAACCAAAGUUUUGAGACAGUGGGGCAGGUAAGUUCACUGUAUAUUCUUAAAAUGAAUAAAAUGGUGAACAUCUCAAACGGAAUUCUACAGCCGUUCAAAAAACUUAAAUUUUUAGACUUCAUCGACUUUCGAAUCGGCACACAAAAAAUGCUUCGUCUCCUGGCUCCACUAAAUAAUUCUGUGAUGGAUGAAUUAGUUUUUACCGGACUUUCAGUUAAACAAUUUGAUAAUGUGUACGACUUUUAUCACCACACUGGAAUAUUAAACGCCAAUAACACACGAUACUUGACGAGUAUUUGCGUUAGUCGAGUCAUUAUGCGAGAAGAUCGAAUUUUUCUCAUAACUGCAGACGCGUUAUGGAGUGAAACAUGGAAAAGAUGCUUAAAAUUUCUUGACAUUUCAUCUAAUCCUAUUUUCGGGUUAAGAUUCGCAGUGGCGAGGAUUUGUAAAUUAUCAAAUUUGGAAGAGCUGGUUAUCUCACAUAUUCAAAGCAAAGAUGAAAUUAAAGAUCCUAAAGAAAUGCCUAUUACUCAAAAAGAAAAUGAAUUUCAACGAACUAAUUUCAAUGCAUUAGACAACUAUAAGAACGACAAAGUGUUUCGCCCAAAAACAAAUCGGUCUGGAUUAAAAUUCCCUCAAUAUACAGUUUACAUUUCGGGUUCAAUUCGUCGUAUAAUCUUCACAGAUUUUAUCUCAGCUGGUUAUAUGGAUAAGAUUAUUUACUUUAAAGGAGCUGAACGAGUUGUCAAACUCGAUCUUUCAAAAACUGGUGUGCAAUAUUUUACAGGACAAUUAUAUGGACUUGAUGGGUUAAAAAUAUUAAACAUUUCAAACACAGAUCUUCGUAUUUUAUCGGUAUCAAUUCUGGAUACAUUUCCAAAAUUAGAAAAUCUUUCAAUGGCAAAUGUUUUGAUAUCCCCAUGGUUAAUUUCAAACUAUGGCCAAAGACUUUUCCAGAAAGUAACAAAUCUCCAGUUUUUAGAUUUAUCUUCAAAUUCGCUUUCAUUACUUGAGGCGAAAAUGUUUUCUAAUAAUUUGAACUUAACACACCUAAUCCUGUCAAACAAUCGAUUUAAGGAUAUUCCAUUUGAUCUUAAAUUAACUCCAAACCUUCAAGUUUUGGAUCUACGUGAUAACGCCAUCUCUUUACUUGAUCAAACGGCUACCGAUGAGCUAGACGGACUGGUUAAACGUCAAGGCAAGUUUCAGCUUUUGUUGGCCGGCAAUAUUUUGUCCUGCGGAUGUGUAAGUUUAAGAUUUUUGAAGUGGAUGCAAACAACUUAUGUUGAAUUAGAUAAUAACGGAAAUUAUUCUUGCAUUAAUAAAAAUGGAAUACUUGCAUAUACAUUAGACAGCAGUAAUUUGGAAAAUAUAUGGCGUAGCUGUGUUGGUCCGUUUUUCUUCUCGCUGGCUUUUAUUUUAUUUUUCCUCCUCAUGGCUUGCUUUUUAAUGUUUAUUCUAAUACACAAAAAUAAAACCUAUAUUUUGUCUCGGAUUUUACACAUCUUUACAAGUUUUAAGCUCAAAUCUGCAAAAGAUUAUCCUAUUGGUGUGUUCAUCGGAUAUACAAGUAGAGAUUAUCAGUUUGCUUGCGAAAGUCUGAGGUCAUUCGUUGAAGACCAGCUGGGCUACACAACACACAUUCGUGACCGUGACCUUCCAGGUGGCGCCACCAUGGCCCAGGGUAUCGUUGAGGCCAUCAACUCCAGCUGGCGGGCCAUCCUCGUCUGCAGCGAACCAUUCCUCCAUGACGAUGAUUGGGCCAUGUUCACAAUGAAAGCUGCGGUGUACUCCGUGACCCCUGACAACCCAGGUAAACUUGUCAUAUUGGUGGAAAAAAAUCUUCUCUGUCAGUUGCCGCUGGAGCUAGUGCACUCAGUUCAUGAAGAUAACAUUAUAGUUGUAUCUCAUUGGGAACUUGGUUAUUACUUGACUGAAGCAAUUAACUCACGACUUAGAGACCACUGAAUCCGCCUUUACUUUUGCACAGCAGUUAAAUAUUUCAUUUAGUUUGAUCUGUCAUUUAAUGUUUUUAAAAAAUGUUAUACUAAGAAAAAUGAACCGCUUAAUGGUGGUGAAUAUAUGAAUAUAAUAUGUGCCACAUUUUUCGUAUGAUGGUGUCUUUCAUGUUGGUUUGGCAUAUAAAUGAUUUAGGUAUUGUUAGUUGUUUUUUUUUUUUACAUUUUUUAGAAUUGAAUUAAUAAAAGCUUACUAACUCAAUCUUAAUUUAUAAAAGUCCAUGUAUGCUAUCUCUCUCUCUCUCUCUCUCUCUCUCUCUCUCUCUCU